AUGGAUCUUUAUGAUCAAAAUAAGUUCAGUGAACAUUUCAAAAAUAUUUCCAUCAAUCUCACAAACCAUGUAUCUCUCUCUGACAUCUCUUCAGAUAACCUCAUUGCCACCUCUGUCAUUGGGAUCCUGCUGUCUUUGAUGUGCGUCAUCGGAGUGGUUGGAAACUUUUAUACAUUAGUGGUAAUGUGCAUCUCCAUGACCACAGCCACAUCAAUGUACAUCCACAUAGUCAACCUGGCGUUGGCGGAUCUCCUGUACCUUUCCACUAUCCCAUUCAUUGUUCACAAUAGCUUUGUAAAGGACUGGUACUUUGGAGAAAUUGGCUGCAGGGUCCUGUUGAGUUUGGACCUUUUGACCAUGCAUGCCAGCAUUUUCAUCUUAACCGUAAUGAGCACAGAGCGGUACAUGGCUGUGGCUAAGCCUUUCGAUACCGUGAGAAGGUCAAGAAGCUACAGAAAAACCCUAGCAUGUGCCAUCUGGAUCUUGUCCUUUCUUCUGACUUUACCCAUGAUGCUCAUGAUACAUCAGGAAGAACGGACAUUAGACAAUGGAAGCGUCCGAAAACUAUGCACACCCACAUGGAGCGAUGAACAUUAUAAAGUCUACCUGACCGUGUUGUUGACUACUAGCAUCCUUGCUCCGGGGGUUAUCAUUGGCUAUUUGUACAUUAAACUGGCAAGAGCCUACUGGAUCUCACAGACUAAAAGUCUCCUAAAUAAGGAGCUUCAAAGGUCUCCAAAGCAAAAAGUUAUACUGAUGAUCUUCAUCAUUGUGCUAGCAUUUUGGGCCUGCUUUCUCCCAUUUUGGAUCUGGCAGUUGAUACCCCUCUACAGCCACGGGGGGUUGAAGGUAUCUUUUCAGACAGAAAUCUACAUCAACAAUCUAGUUACAUGUCUCACCUACGGCAACAGCUGCAUCAAUCCCUUCUUGUACACUUUGCUUACCAAAAAUUACAAAGAGUAUAUCCGCAACAGGCAAAAAGGAGGACAUGGAUCUCUUAGUCUGAAGAGUGGAGCAGGAUAUCCUGAAAAUUGUGCAAAAAGAACUGUGUCGGGUGGGAGUCAGCAGUGCACAGAGACUAUAAUAGUAAGCACCGCCAAGGUAUAG